UUAAUCUUUAGACUGACUCUUCUUUCUCUUAUUGAAAUAAUAAUUCCAAUCUUUGUUACAGUUGUUGCUCGAAAGAGAAAGGUUAAAGCAACUGUUGCGCAGAAAGAUUCUGCGGCCUCUAAGAGCAAUAAGCCAAGUGGGAGCGAUUCUAUUACGACUGACGCGAAACCCACGAGUUCGAAGCCUCCAAUGCCUUCGAAGCGAAAAGUUCUUCCAACUACUACUCCAGACGUUGCUUCGGAUGAGGAAGACAAGUCUCCCCCUCGUACCAGGCAAGGGCAUAAAAAGAGACAGAAGGUCACCACUCCUGUGGGCAAAGGGAAAGGACCCGGGUCUUCGAAGAUUACCUCUUCGAGUGAUAAGGUGUCUUCUGAAGAAUCGCCUUUAAAAGCCACUAGCAAUGCUCUCGUGAUGGAAAGCCACAAUUCAAGUCCAGCCACUAAUACAGCUAAGGAUGAUAUUGGAACAGCUACUUCUGAUUUCAACUCCUUCAACGCUGCCAUUGACCUUGGUAAUCCCCAAGAUGUCCCUCAACACACCUCUCAUAUACUUUCACCAGUCCUCGAAGACGCUCCUCCUCUUUCCACUAUCAAUACUGUAUCCUCUGUUGAAGGAAGCCAUUCGACUGAUGAUUCUCCUCCUACUCGCAAAGACGCAAACAUGGGUGAGGAGGACCAAUUCUCAGGCGAAGAUAAUGCAGCUGUACCAUCGACUGGGAGUGAGGACACCGUAUCUGAUAAAGGUGUCGUGGAAGAAACCUCCAAGUUGAUCGAAACUGACCUCUGUGGAAAUUCAAAUUUCGAAACUGUAGUUAUUCCUGAAACUACUCCACUGCCUGCCCCAGCCAUACCUACUCCUUCAGAAUUGGAGCAACUUAGGCAAACUGAUCCUCUCAGCUUUCUCAAAACCAUGAUGAACAUUGAUAGUAUUUCAGCUCUUGCGUCCGAAGCUUCUCCAACUGCUCAGACCAAGUCUGGAGACAAAGAGGACACCCCUGGCCUCCUUCAUCAAAUAAAGGAGAAUUUCUUCGAAACGAACCUCGUCGAAAUCUUAAGUAAGGACUCCACGAGAUGUCAUGGCUUGAAGCAACUCUUGAAGAAAGUGGAUUUACUUCUGGUUUCGAAAGAGGUCUCAGAUGUGAUUGUACUUCUGGGCUCUUUAAUCGACCAGCUUCAGUCUAACAUUCUCCGACAGAACAAUGUUAAUGAGCAGCUUGCUGCAAAAAUGGCCUCUCAUAGUUCUUCAUGGAAAGCUGCCACUGAGGCAACCAACAAGGGUGACGCUCUUAGGUUGGAACGUUUGAAGAACCAAGAAGAAUAUGAUGAGUGUGAGAAAAAUAUACAAUCUUGGAAGCAAGAGAUUAAGAAACUCGAAGAGAAGAUACAGGAAGCUGAGUCUCGCCAAGCAACCAUUCAACAAACCAAUGAUCAAGAGAUAACUGAAGUAGCGCGACUAGGUAUCCAACACUUCGAAGCUGCGCAGAAAUUGGUGCCAGAGAUCGAAGAGUUAAAGAAGCAACGAGCAUUGCUUGAGCUUCGUAUGUUUUCGUGGGAGGCUCAGUAUUCGAAGAUCAAAGAUAGCCUUCCUAGGGAUUUCAGUUAAUUUUCUUCGAACUUUGUAUUACCUUUUGUGGCGUAAAUCCCUUUGUUUUGUAAUCGCUCAUUUUCAGAAUAUAUGUAUGCGAAACUCGUCUUUUUAUGUGUUCACAUUUUUUGCUCUGAGAUGACCAAUGGUAAUGUUUAGCAAUACUUCGAAAUAUUAUCAAUAUAUUUCUUUUUACGCCACAGUAACCUUAAUGAAUGCCUCACGUGGCUCGAUUGCCCUUCGCAGCCCUAAACUUGACGUUUCUCCUCCCCUUAGCCGUAAUCAUCAUUAUUUGCUGACGUCAUUUCCUCUCAAACGUCUCUUUAAGACGUGCGUGCAUCAGUUUUUAUGAUUACGUUCCAACUUCCAAGGGCGGGAAACGGCGGUGACCAUAACUUCUCACUGGAAACACCAAACGCAGUCUAAUCAAUCAUUAAAACUGAAACGUUUCCUUAUCGCUCAUUUUGACUAUAUAAAGGGAUAGUGUCCCAUUCUUUUCUUCACGCUUUUUUCAAACCUUCACUUCAGAAUUCUUUUCUUCCUUCUCGUGUUCUUUUCAACCACAAUCUUUUUCAACCUUUAGCAUGGCACUCAACAGCAACCUAACCUAUGCUAACAUUAGAACUCUUAUUAAAAAAAGAGUUCAAACCCUGCCCAGAAGAAUUCAGCAGGCAUUACAUCAGCCUUCAUGCUCUUUUCCACAAUCAGGGGAUGGGAUUUUACCCAACAAUUUUAGAAGGGAAUGUUUAUCCCAAGAUGCUUGCUGAUUUCUGGAUGUUUGCGUACCUACGCAUUGAUCCUGAAGGAAGAACUACCAUAGUUUCUGAAGUUCGAGGGGAUGAAGUUUCUAUCACUCCCUCCACCAUCUCUGACUUGUUGCGCUGCAGCAACACUGGAGCAACCUUUGAUGAUAACAGUUUCACCACGCCCUCCACCAUCUCAUGGAGAAUGAUCCAUAUAGCGCCAAAGUCAUCAGGAUUUGGCAUCAACUUCUAGUGGGUAACUUUUACCCACGAAGUUGUGAUGAGAACAACAUUAUGGUGGAGGACUUAGAGUUCAUCUCCUGUGCUUUGCGAGGGGUGAAGAUCAACUUUCCUUUGUUGAUCUUCAAACGACUCGUGGAAACUGUCGCUUUAACUUCCUCUCGAGAGGGUUCAGUAAGUUGCCUUCCUUUUGGGAGGUUUUUAUCCUACUUGUUCCUCAAGAGAGGUGUAGUGCGAAGGAUGCGAGAUUUGGGGCGCAUGAACAUGUUCGAAGCAGAGGGUCUUCAUAUGCUGUCUUUGGAAGACUUAGAACAAAGGGUCAACUAAAGGGUAGAUCCUUUUUAGGUUUUUUUACUGCUUCGCUUUUUGUAAUCUUUGCUGCUCCAUAUGGACCAAAGUCGCUUGUACCUCCUUUUUAAAAUUAAUGAAGAUCUUCUGCCGUAUUUUUAUUUAUACAUGUUUUCUGGUCACGGAGCCAUUUUGGUGCAAACCUAACCAUUUUGGCUUACGUAGUAUUACUUAGAUGUCUACGUUUUUGCAAUCUUUACUUCAUGCAUGCUUGGUUUGUAUCUCUUUAGAUACUUCCCAUUCACUCUUAAGAUCCUACGAUCUUCUGCUAAUUCCUCUAUCUCGUAAGCAUUAUUUGAAAAUACUUUCAAGAUUCGAAAGGGACCUUCCCAGUGUGGGGACCAUUUCCCCAAAGCUUGGUUCUUUCGAUCUAUAGGUAAAAUAACUUUCCAAACUAGGUCAUUAUUAAUAAACGUUUUACCUUUCACCUUUUUAUUGUAUACUCUGGACACCCUUUCUUUCUGUCUCUUUAUCAUCUCCAAAGCUCGAAGUCUGUCUUCGUCCAAGUCAACUAAUUCAUUCAUCAUCAGUUCCCAGUACAUGUUAGGGGGAAUUUCUGCUUGUCUUUGUAUCCGGACUGAUUGCAAGUAUAUUUCAACUGGGAGUAUCGCAUCAUGUCCAAAUGUCAGUUGAAAAGGUGUAGUGUUCGUAGCUUCUUUUGGAGAUGUUCGACAAGCCCAAAGUGCUUGGUCCAAAGUUCUGUGCCAACUUUUAGGUUUUUUCCCUACAUGCUUCUUUAUGAGACCAAUUAUUAUUUUGUUCGCUGCUUCGACUUGUCCAUUUGCCUGAGCAUAGUAAGGUGUAGAAGUAAACAACUUGAAGCCUAUCUCUUUGGCGAAAUCUUGCAUUUUUCGCCCAGUAAACACUGAUCCUUGAUCUGUAGUUAUACUUUCUGGGAUCCCAAAUCUGUAUAUAAUAUGUUUUUGAAUGAACUCGAUCACAGCUUCUUGAUCAACAUUCGCGAGUGGUAUAGCUUCGACCCAUUUUGUAAAAUAGUCGAUUCCCACUAAAAUAUACCUUUGACCUCUAGAUGACUUGGGGUGAAUUUCUCCAAUUAGGUCCAACGCCCAUCCUCUAAAGGGCCAAGGCUUUAUUAUUGAACUUAGUUCAUUUGCGGGAGCAUGUUGAAUACCUGCAUGUUCUUGACAUUCUUGACACCCUUUGGCAAAUUCUAUGCAGUCUUUUAACAUGGAAGGCCAAUACAUUCCGUAUCGAAAUAGAAGCCAUUUCAUUUUGUGCCCCGCUUGGUGGGCACCACAUGCUCCGCUAUGCACGUUCGAGAGAGCUAAGUAAGUUUCCGCUUCACCCAAACAUUUUAGCAAUACUCCUUCAGGAGUCUUUUUGAACAACUCAUUUCCCAUCAGAAAGUAUGAUAAGGCUCGAUAUUUUACCUUUCUAUCCGUGUCUGACGAAGGGUCCUUCAAAUAAUUCACAAUUGGACUUCUCCAGUCUGUGUCUGUCAACGAGUCUAUGUUCAAAACUUCGAAUUCUUCUUUGUUAGCAAACCCUAUUUGUGAGUUUUCCAGAUCACUUGGAGAAAGUUUCGUAGCCAUUGCUCUGCCUCUUACUUGGAUCAAUUCCUCGAAUUUGCUUUUCGAUACCCUGUACCCUGAGGCUAGUUGUGCCAAAUCGUUUGCUUCCUGAUUAUGCAAUCUUGGACAUGGUUCAGAUCCACAUAUUCGAAUUUUCUAAGCAACCUAUUUUCUAUGACAAAGUACAUGAUCAAAUUUUCUUUGAUGCACUUGUACUCUUUCGUUAGUUGUUUAAUCACCAAUUCGGAGUCUCCUUUAAUUUCGACUCUGGUUGCCCCCAAUUCUAACAAAGCUUCAAGUCCGGCUAUCAAUGCUUCGUACUCAGCUUCAUUAUUGGAACAUAGAGGGCCUUCGAUUUUAUACUUGAGCUUUGUUGGAAUUCCUUCAGGAGAAAUUAGCAAUAUUCCAACGCCAGUUCCUUCUUUGUGAGUUGAACCGUCAAAGUAUAUCUUCCAAGGUGGCAGUUCCACGUAUUGCUGAGAAUUUUCCACUACUGCAUGAUCGACAAUGAAAUCUGCCACAAUUUGCCCCUUCAUUGCCUUAAGGGGUUGAAAUGUUAAAGAGUACUCAGUUAGGGCCAAAGCCCAUUUGCCAAUUCGACUAUGUAAUAUUGGCUUCGAUAACAUAUGUUUAAUAACAUCGCAAUGGGACGAAACAUAAACAUCAACUGGCUUUAUAUAAUACUUGAGUUUAAUACAUGAGAAAUAUAAACAAAGGCAGAGUUUUUCUAUUGCACUAUACCUAGUCUCUGCAUCAUUGAGUACUCUACUUAGGUAAUAGAUGGCUCUUUCGAUGCCAUUUUCAUCCUCCUGAGCUAACAUGCUACCUAUUGUUUUAUCCGAAGCUGAAAUAUACAAGCGCAUGUGCUUCUUUCCAUUCGGAGGAGCCAAUAUUGGAGGAUGCAUCAAGUAUUGCUUGAUCUUUUCGAAAGCUUCUUGAUGUUCAGCUAGCCAUUCAAACUUGCCUUGCUUGAGUCGAAGCAAAGGUGAAAAGGCUUGUGUGCGUCCACUUAAAUUGGAGAUGAAUCUUCUCAAAAAGUUUAUCUUCCCCAAUAAGGACUGCAGUUGCUUCUUCGUGGAAGGAGGCUUCGCUUCCAUAAUGGCCUUUAUCUUAUUCUGGUUAAUUUCUAUCCCCUUCUUGUGGACCAAAAAACCUAGGAAGUCUCCCGCCUGCACAAAGAAAGCACAUUUAAGGGGAUUCAUCUUCAAGCCAUGUUUUCGCAUUCUCUCGAAUGAUUGGCUCAGAUGAUCUAGAUGAUUGGAAUCUGAUACAAAUUUUACCACAAUAUCAUCUAUGUAUAUCUGCAUAAAUGUUUCUAUAAAGUCAUGAAAUAUAGAAUUCAUUGCUCUCUGAUAUGUUGCCCCAGCAUUUUUUAGGCUGAAAGGCAUUACUACCCAUUCGUAUGUACCUAUUGCCCCUGGGCAACGAAAAGCUGUUUUAGAUACAUCUUCUUCUGCAAUGAAAAUCUGGUUAUAUCCAGAGUAUCCAUCUAACAUACUCAGAUACUCGAAACCUGCGGCUCAAUCUACCAGCAUUUCUGCCACAGGCAUAGGAUAUUCAUCCUUAGGUGUUGUUGCGUUUAGAUCCCGAAAAUCUAUGCAUACUCUUAAAGAACCAUUCUUUUAAAUAACUGGCACAAUAUUAGCAAUCCAUUCAACAUACCUCGUGGUCUGGAUGAAUUUGCAGCGCAGGAGUCUUUCUACCUCUGCUUUGAUCUUCGAAUGGAUCUCGGGUGCAAACCUUCUUGGAGUUUGCUUAAUAGGCUUUUUCCCUUCUUUGAUUGGCAACUUUAGUUCGACCAAGUCUCGUCCCAAACCAGGCAUUUCGUCGUAAUCCCACGCAAAACAAUCUUUGUUUUCUUUCAGCAACGUAAUGACUUUAGAUUUUAGAGUUGGUUCCAGCUUUGCACUAACAUACGUUAUCCUCUUCCGAUCUCCUUCCCCGAGAUUUACUUCUUCAAGUGGAUCUUGGGCUAACAUUUUAAUAUUUGAGGCCAUAGGGUCUUUUUCGAACCCCAGAGGCUCUUCGUCGUAAAUUGCGUCCAGUUUUUGGGUAAGUUCUUCCUCUGUGGUGUUUACCAUUCGAACUGGAUCUUCAAAGGAUUGAGAGGACGCAUGUAACCUUGAAUUUGAUAUCUUCUUAUUUUCUGAAACCGAAUUUACUGUCAUGUUUGAUAACUCGGCUUCGAGAGCCGUGUUUCUUUUGUUCUCGGCUAUAUAAGCCGAAAUCUUCUCAAAGAAGGAGGACUCAGACAUCAUCAACGUCGUCGUCCCAGCCUGUUGGCCGUAUCGUUGGAUAAUUCUCUCUUGAUGCGACAUCCUCUGGACCGUCCAUUAUCUCUCUAUUCCACUAGAAGCCAUUUGGGUGUAAAGAUAGAUAAUAUAAUGCGUUCUUGUUUGGAGUGUAUAUAUCUUCCGCAACAUGACAAGGUCCUAUAUUUCCCAGGUUCCUGUCGAAGCUAGUUUUGUUGACUUGAUUAACUUCAGCCAUAUAAUAACUCUGGUCUCCUUCGAUGUUCUCCACUAUGCCAUCUUGUCUCCAAAUGGUUAGUCUUUGGUGCAUAGUUGAAGGCACCGCAGCAACUCCGUGGAUCCAUUCCCUUCCUAACAAGAGGUUAUAAUUUGCUUUUGCUGGUAUUACCAUGAACAUAGUUGGUCUGGUAACGGAACCCACAGUUAAAUUUACUUGAACAACUCCCAGAGUCUGCCCAAUUUUGCCUUCGUAGUUUGACAAAACCAUGUUAUGAGGCCUUAUAUCUGUGUCAAACAUACCAAUUCUCUUCAACAUGUAUUGGGGCAUUAGAUUCACUGCCGCCCCUCCAUCUACCAGAACUUUGUUAAUGCCAACGUUCUCAAUCUUAGCCCUUAUGUAGAGUGGUUUCAGAUGAUUUCGCAUGCCUUCGUCAGGCGUUUCGAAGAAAGCAUUCUGCUCCUCAACUGCUCCGUUGUUUAAUACGUAGUAACACACAGGUAUGUGUUUUGUCAUCUCUUCGACGUCAGUUUCUUCACACUCCUCAACUUCAAUUUCUUGAUCGAAUUCGUGAGGGAGGACUGACACCACGUUGCAUAUCAAGUUGAGAGAUGAUACUCCAUCCGAAUCGAAAUCAUUUGUCAUUCUAUCUUCUUCCUUCCAAGAACUGGAACGCAUCUUUUCUUCUUCUUCUAAAAUAUUUUCAGCUUCGAAGAGUCUGCGUUCUACCGGAGGUUUGCUUGCCUUUGCCCCCUGGUGUUGGACUUGGUUGCUGCUAGACUCUCCAAUCUCUCGUGGCUUGUAUUCUCUUUGGGCCUUCUUCAUUCUCUGGUGCCGUCUCCAUUGGGAUCUGGACAUAGGAUUUCUACCUUUGUAAUUCUCAAGCCUAUACGUCUCUCGAUUUGAGGUCUGGAAUUGCUUCCUAUAGGCCAUCGCAGUUCUUCCUCCUUGGUCCCAACUUCUCCACUUAUUGGUUCUUACGCCAGCUUGCACCCAUCUGUCCCUAGGUGUAUCUGCAGGGACUUUGAAUGUGACCCUUCGUGCCUUAGGGUGAGGACUGUCAGGCCUCUUAUAUGAAGUUCGAUUGUCGAACGUAUAUAUAUUAGGACGGAGACCUUGGGUUUCUCGAUUCAUGAUAAAAUAACUCCUUUCGAGAGAACGCGCUAGAAGUUCAUCAUACACUGCUCCACACCUAGGACAUAACACCACUUCUGUAUUUGCUUUGUGGCAUCUGACCAAGAAACUCACCAAACUUUCCGCAGUUCUUGGGUAUAUCUUUAGCAGUAGGUUUCCGCCUCUCCAAGGCUUCUCCAAUCUCUCUCUCAGGGUCCUCUCGAAGUUAGCUUGGAUUCUUCGAUUCAGCAUUAUAGAGCAUCUUGGGCACAUCAGCAUUUUUCCUCCAUUCUUCUCGUGGCAAUUCCAAAGGUAAUCUUUCAAAGUUUCGCCCUUUGGUGAAAUAUCCACAUUUCCCUGUUGCCUUGUCAACCAUUCCUCCAGCUCUUCGAUUUCAGACAAAGGUCGUCUAGCAUUUACCAUAUUGACAACUGCUGGAGGGGCUUCAGAAAUUUGUAUCUGCUGAAGUUUCAUCCUGAGGUCUUCAGUGGCCUCACUAGUUUUUUCUUCCAGAUUGUCGGUCAUUUCUGGGUCGAGGGAUCCUUCAACAUCAGUAUUGAAGACCGCGUCAUCAUUUAGGCUUUCAGUAGCCUGCUUUCCCUUUGACAUCAUUUCUGGUUCAGCAAAUUCGACUUCAGACACUUCCACCAUGUUGAUGUCACAUGGCUCACACAGGUUGGUGUCAGCAAUGUUCAGGGGGUUGGUAUCGACCUUCAUAUGACUUUUGGUCUUGUCAGCGAAUUUCAAACGACCAUCCUUGAUAGCAUUCUGAAUUAGAUCCCUGAAAAGAAAACAUUGUGAAGUUUUAUGGCCUAAAAAACCAUGAUAUUUACAAAAGCCUUGCUUCUUCCGUUGUUCUAACGGAGGAAUUUUAGAGUUAGGAGGCACUAUCAUUUGGCCAUCUUUUACUAGUAAAUCGAAUAUUUUGUCACAUUUGGUGACAUCGAAUGUAUAGGUUUUCUUAGUAAAUCUAUCGCUUUUAUCAUUUUCUACUUGAUUUUUUCCGUUGGCAGGGGUAAGUAAUUUGCAAGCAUAAGGCGAUGCUUCUUUUAGUUCAACUAGAUCUAUUUCGACCUCCUCUAUGCUAUAUGAGUCAUCGAAGGUUUCGCUAUCAAUGUCUUCGACUUCAACGUAGG